GAACUCGAAGAAAUCCGCAAGUCUGGAAUGAAGAAUUUCCGUAACAUCCAAGUGGAGGAUGCAAAUGUAUUCUACUGGCAAGGCCUUAUCGUUCCUGAUAACCCUCCGUAUGACAAAGGGGCUUUCAGGAUCGAAAUCAACUUCCCGGCAGAAUAUCCUUUCAAACCCCCGAAGAUCACCUUCAAAACAAAGAUCUACCACCCCAACAUCGAUGAGAAAGGACAAGUGUGUCUGCCGGUCAUUAGUGCUGAAAACUGGAAACCAGCAACCAGAACUGACCAAGUUAUCCAGUCCCUCAUAGCACUGGUAAACGACCCUCAGCCUGAGCAUCCUCUCCGAGCCGACCUAGCCGAAGAAUACUCUAAGGACCGUAAAAAAUUCUUUAAGAACGCGGAAGAGUUUACAAAGAAGUACGGAGAAAAGCGACCAGUAGACUAAAGACCCUCGUGUCACUCUGCCUCUGAUAGCAGAUUCUGGGCAAUCCAUUUCAAACUCACCACCCAACAGGACUCUUGAAGAAUACAUGCAAGUCUCACCUCUGGUGUGUUUACUUGUGGCUGUUACUAACUUUCUACAGUUUUCAUAUAAUCAGAAAUGGUUUAGAUACUGACUGUUCAGACGGGAUUAAAACUUUAACUGACAUUCCAGUUCUGCUUUCUAGUUUAAACACAAACCAAACACCCUCCCCCUCCUCUCCUCCUCUCCUCCCAACCAACACACAAAAUCACUGCUUGAUAGUAAACAGCUUUUUCUCACACAAUUCCACAAGUCAUUUUAAACAGACAGUAUUCCACCCUUGAACUCGCGCCAGUUGUUGUGUGUGUUUCUCCCCCCACCCACCCACCCACCUCCUCCUGAUUUUAUAAAGCAAUUCUUUUUUCAAAAGUGACAAAGAGCAACACUGCAUCUUCCCCCCACCUCCCCCCCCCACCCCCACAAGGAGAUUUGGUGAAUAUUGAAGUGAUCUGUUUACUUUUUUUUCUUUUAUCGUUGCACUGUUCUGUGUGGAAAAUUGGUUGCAAGUACACCCGGCCUUACAAUGUGCUACUAACAUUGGAAGGGAGACAAAAAACAGAAUUAAUAUUGUUGAGAGAAAACAACUUGGCUCCUGUGUAAAUCGGCUCCUGUUACCAUAGAGUGAUGUUAAAUGAAAUGGGAAGCCCAUGGUUUUGCAUGUGAUUAAAUGUUAUAACAGGGA